CCAAAGGCGUCCUAACGCAAAAACUGGGACCUUGGCGUCGGCCGGUGGCCUACCUGUCCAAAAAGCUAGACCCAGUGGCAGCUGGGUGGCCCCCUUGCCUACGGAUGGUAGCAGCCAUUGCCGUUCUGACAAAGGAUGCAGGCAAGCUAACUAUGGGACAGCCGCUAGUCAUUCUGGCCCCCCAUGCGGUAGAAGCACUGGUCGAACAACCCCCUGACCGCUGGCUAUCCAAUGCUCGCAUGACCCACUAUCAGGCAAUGCUCCUAGAUACGGACCGAGUUCAGUUCGGACCGGUGGUAGCCUUAAACCCGGCCACGUUGCUCCCCUUGCCGGGAAAAGAGACCCCCCACGACUGCCUCGAGAUCUUGGCUGAGACACACGGCACCAGACCGGACCUCACGGACCAGCCCCUCCCAAAUGCCGACCACACCUGGUAUACAGAUGGAAGCAGCUUCCUGCAGGAGGGGCAACGUAAGGCUGGAGCAGCGGUGACCACCGAGACCGAGGUAAUCUGGGCCAAGGCGUUGCCAGCCGGGACAUCCGCCCAGCGAGCUGAACUAAUAGCACUCACCCAGGCCCUAAAGAUGGCAGAAGCUCACUUACAGGCCCUCCAAGCAGUACAACGAGAGGUCUGGAAGCCUCUGGCCGCUGCCUAUCAGGACCAACAAGACCAGCCUGUGAUACCACACCCCUUCCGUGUCGGCGACACCGUGUGGGUACGCCGGCACCAGACUAAGAACUUGGAACCUCGCUGAAAAGGACCUACACCGUCCUGCUGACCACCCCCACCGCUCUCAAAGUAGACGGCAUCGCUGCGUGGAUCCACGCCGCUCACGUAAAAGCGGCGACAACCCCUCCGGCCGGAACAGCAUCAGGACCGACAUGGAAGGUCCAGCGUUCUCAAAACCCCUUAAAGAUAAAAUUAACCCGUGGGCCCCUUAAUAAUACUCUUAUUAAUCCUACUCUUCGGACCCUGUAUUCUCAACCGCUUGGUCCAGUUUGUAAAAGACAGAAUUUCGGUGGUGCAGGCCCUGGUUCUGACCCAACAGUAUCACCAACUCAAA